AUGUGUGUCGCCUCUUCCUCGAACAGACGUCGUAUUCGAUCGAAUGUUGCACCAGCCAAAACUCCACCUGUGAUGGCCUCUGCUUGGUCAGCCGCUACGACCUAUUACAAUAUGUCUAAUGGUGAUACAGGCUGGGGACACUUUUGGUUUGAUGAAUCGCAUAGAGCAAUUCGAACCGACUUUUAUCCAACAUGCCCAUUUUUACAACUGUAUGCAGCCGGUAUUGAUGCCAAUUAUGUUCCAUGCACUGUACUCUUCUACGAAGGACAAAAUUAUUUUGUGUAUCCGUCAGCACAUGUUUGCUGCAACUAUACAUUUCCUGCAUGGCAUCCUGAAUGGUUAUGUCAAAGCAACGCCACGUACAAUGGAAGUGUUCUUGUUAAUGGUCAAAUGACCGAUUUUUGGAUGGUCGAAUGGUUUUCCAAUUUUACUGGUGUAGAACCGAUACGAAAUCUCCGCAAUAUGUACACUGUAGCGGAUUCACAUAUUCCUGUACGUUUUCGAGAAGAUCUGGAUACGGGUUACCUUGAUUUUCACGAUUAUGUCGAAGGUCCUAUUGAUCCGACUAUAUUUACUUCAAUGAUUGACGCCUAUGGUCCAUGCCAUUCAGGCCAUGGUAGUGCUGGAAGCACUGAUCGGACAUGCACUCAUUAUACAGCACAAACGCUACGUCGCUCAUGGCCAUGCGACAAUCCAACAUGUUCCUGA